AGAGAGACUUCUUGGAGAUCCGUCGAGAGUUGCGACGACUUAGGCUACUAGCAAGCUCCCAGCUCUCCAGAGGCUCGAUGGAAGAAAAGAAGAGGAUGCCCACUCGCUCGAUCUUUCCAUCGUCAUCAAUGGGAUCCGCACUGUCGUCGAUGGCGCGGGUGAUGAUGCGGAAGCUGGACGGCCCGCCGCCGGCUUUCGUGCACGACCUGCACCGCGAGGAGCAGACGCUCCAGGAACGCUCCAUGUGCGGCUGCGGCAAGCCACCGGCGUCGACGCCUUGCCGUCAGCGCACCGAAGAGGAGCGCGACGCCUCCAUCAUCGGCCACGUCCACCACGCCCUCCGCCACUACAACGCCACCAACCCGGGCUCGGAGUUCGUCCCCAUCAAGCCAUUGAUGGCCGCGUACGUGGGCUUCGAAGGCCACAUCUGGGUCCACGUCAGCUUCGUGGCUCGCGGGAGGAAGAUCGUCAGCGGCAAACGGAGGCGCAACACUGUCAGCGACACCGUCACCGACGAGCACUUCUUCGCGGAGCUGCGCUACAGCCACCGCAGCUCCGACGCGCCGGCCGUCGAAACAUGCACCAUCGUCGAUAAGAAGCCGCGCCACAGCCACUUGAAGACCUCGUGUACAUUUUGCCCAGAAAGCUUUGAGAUCUUGCACCCUCUUGACGGGAGCUUCGUGUGCAGAAAGAAGACCCAAGCAAAUGAGGGGCAAGGUUUCACGCACUUCAUGAAUCUGCUUGAGAAGCCGUUCACAUGCCCCACUGCCGGUGCAGAAGACAAGGAGGAUGCGGCAGCUCCGGAGGAACAGAAAGCUCCAGAGGAACAGAAGGAGGAACAUAGUAGCACCAUGAGCCGGCCUUUCUCCUCCUUUGAUUUUUUUCGUAAUCUCAUGACAAGGGUUUUGCCGGCCUUUGACGAUAAUCUUGUGUUCUAGAGUAGUAGCGGAUCUACAUGAGAAGUCAAUGUAAUGAGUUCAUGUUAGACUCGAUCAAAAGUAUAUGUCAAUUUAGUGAAGGAUUUUGUAAAUGUUCUGGUCGUGUCAAUCAUUUUGCCACUUCAGGAAGGCCUGUUCUCUAGAAGCUCUUCAAGUUUGGGUCGAACACCAUCUCUAAGUUAGACUUUUUCUAUAAUACAUCUC